AUGAAAAUUAAACAUGCAAAAAAAAAGAAUGUUUCACUAAAUAACCUAAGCACAUAUGUGAAAGUAAAAUACAUACAUGAAGAUAAUAAAGUAGAUAAAAAAAAGAAAAAUAACAAAGUUAAAAAACAUGACAUUAUAAAAAAUAUUACGAAAAAAUUAUAUAAAUGUAAUACCAUCUUAAAAAAUAGAAUAAAUUCAAAAAUAAAAAAAGAAAAAUUAUAUUCUUCCUCUAUUCCAUUAAAUUUUUACAAAAACCCUAAAGAGAGUUACAAAAACUUGUGCAUAAAUAAUUAUGAUAAAUCAAAAGAUAAAAAUUUUGAAAGUGUUAACUACAAACAAUUUAAUUUCAGUCAUAAAAUCAUCAAUAAUAAUACUGUGAAGAACAAUAAGAAUAUAAACUUUAAUUCAAAAUAUCCAUAUGAAACUAAUUUAAAAAAUAAUUUAAUAUGUUAUUAUACUAAUAAAAAAUGUAUUUAUUCAAAAAAUAAGGAUGAAAUUCAAAAUGAAAUCAAAUUAAUUAACUGUGAUAAAAACAGUAAUAAGAAUGAUUAUGGUUUAGAUAAAAAUAUAAUCAGUGAAAUAGUAUGUUCUAAUUAUAGAACACAAAAUAAUGAAAUAAAUUUUUCUAAUAAUAAUAUUAUGUCAUCUAAUAAUGAUAUUGUUACAACUCAUUAUAUUGAUAAAAAUUUUAAAUUCAUUAAGUUAAAUCUUAGUAAGUUCGAAGAAAAAAUAUACGUUAAUAAGAAUAAAAAGUCAUAUGUAAAUAGGAGAAUAAAUAAUAGUUCUGCAUGUAAUAAUGUGAAUAAGUAUCAUGUUAACGAAAAUUUAAAUGGUAAAAACAUAAGCGAAAGUACAACUUUCAUAAAUGCAUGUAACAGUGACAAAAUUAGAUACUUUAACUCUAUUAAUUAUGAUGAACAUAAUAAGUACGAACAUUUAAACCUAAAAAUAUUUCCUCACAAUAUUUUUAGAGAAGAAUGUAAUAAAUAUCACAAAUAUAAAAAAAUUAACUCAAAAAUUUUCAGUUACAAAGAAAAUGAUACAAACAUAUACAAUGAUAUAGAAAUGGUAAAUAUUACUAACAUUCCAAAAAAUAAUUGCAAAAGAAAUUUAAAUAAACUACAUAAUUUAUCAUAUUUAUGUAAGAUAAACAAUAAUAAUAAUAUAGAUAAUAAGCAAAAAAUAAACGAAUAUUCUCAUACUAAAUGCAAUGAAUCUAUAGAAAAUAUUAAUGAUAAGAUGUGUAAGAAAGAUAGAAUACAAAGCAAUAAUCUUCAUUCAAACACGCCAAUGAAUAAUUUUAAAAAAAGUGAAGAUAGUAAUAAAGAUUUAACUAUAGAAAAUUUUGAAAAUAUUCCUCACAGUAAAACAAAUACAUUAAGCAAUUCAUCAGAAGAGGAAAAAGGUUUUGUAGAUAGUAAUUGUGAAACUAAUACAUAUAUAAUAGACUAUAAUAAUACAGCAUGCAAAAAUAAAAAUAAUCCAAUUAAUAAUACAUUCAAUAUUUUUGAUAAAUAUUUAGAAGAAAAUAACAUGAAAAUUCCUAAAAUAAAAUUUAAAAAUAAAAAAGAAAUUAAAAAAGAUAUAGGAAAUAAGAAAGGAGAAAAUAAUCUCAUUUAUGAACCAGAUAAUAAGAACAAUAAUAAAAGAAAUAUCUCACAUAUUAAAAAAGAUUUUAAUCUAAGUCAUAUAAACUCUCUUUUUAAAAAAGAAAAUGAAAAGUCAAAAAAAUAUAGAAAGGAAAAUAUAUUAAAAGAUUUAAAGGGAUUUAAAAAUAUUAAAGAUGCUAAUUAUAAUAGUCUAAGCAAAUUAAAAAAAGAAAAUAAAAAUAUAACGUGUAUUAGAAACACAAUGAAUAGAAAAAAUAUUACAAAAAUGAAUAAGAAUUAUAAAGAAAAUCACAAAACAUUAAAAUAUCUAAUACCACAACAAAAUAUUAAUUAUACAAAAAUUAAUUUUAACCUGAAAAAAGAAAAGAUAACCACUGAAUGUAAUGAAAAUACAUUAAAUAGAGAAAAAUACAGUAAUAAAAGUGUUAAAUGUGAAAAUAUAUUUAUAAUGAAUAAAAAUAUUUAUAACAUUAAUAAUAUAUUGACAAAUAAAAUUCUAUAUAAUAAAAACAAAUUUAAUGACAGCAAAAUAAAAAGUAAAAGUAACAUAAAUAGUAACACAUUAAAAUAUAGACAUAUUUUAAGUAAUAAUACAGUGGAUAUCGAAAAUGCUUUAAAUAAUGCACCACCAUUAAAAGCAAUAUAUAAUGAAAAACAUAAUAAUUUUUCUUCCUUCUCUAUCCUUAAAAGUUCAUUUAUGUACAAAUUUAAUAAUAGACAACAAAUUAAAUCACAAAUAAAUAACAUUACAAGUAUUUAUAGAACACCAACAGAUAAAAAUGGUGAUUAUCAUCAGGAAAAAAAAUGUCUAAAUAUUGCUAAAAAAAAAAUUAACACAAAAGAAUAUUCAAUACAUCAUAAAUAUAUUAAAUGCAAUUUAAAUUCGAAUGGAGAAAAAAGUAAUUCACCUUCAAUUCAAGAAGAAAAUUUUAAUAGUAAAAGUGUUAUAGCAAUUAAUACUCCAAAAAUGACAAAAAAUAGAAACAUAAUACACCAAAGUGAAGUUGACAAUAGUAAAUGUAUAAAAGUAAAAAAAAAUAUUAAUCUACAAGCCAAAUCAAAUUUUCUUAUUGAAAAAAAAAUAAAUAAUGAAGAUAAAUGUAAAGUAUCAUUACAAGACAUUAAUAACUUAAGGGAACAAUCUAGUUUUUUAUUUAAAUCAAAUAAGGGUAUAAAUAUUCCUCUAUCAAGAAAAUCAGUUAUUUGUAAUUAUAAUAAGAUAUUUAAUGAUGAACCAGUUUCUAAUAUUAAAAGAGUUCAUGUAAAAAAAUAUGGGAAUAAAUGUUAUUACUUUCAGAAUGUCAAUAGUUACAAUUUAAGAAAAUACAUUUUAAAUAAUCAUAUAACAGGAGUAAACCAAAGUAGUGUGAAUAAUAAUACUAAAAAAUCAUGUGUUAUUAAUAUAUUUAAUCAAUCAGAUCAAGAGAAAAUAAUAAAAGAAAAAAAAAAUAUAUUUUAUACCAAUAAAGACAACAAAGAAAAAAGUCUAAAUUCAGAAAAAGUAGUAGGUAAUAUGAAUCGAUCAAUUAAGUCAAAAGAAGUAAAUGUAACAACAAAAAACGAAAAUUUAAAAAAAAUGAAUUCCAUUAAAAUGAACAAAAUUUAUGAUAUUAAUACAAAGUUAAAUAUAUAUAAAUCCAAAGAAAUUAAAUCGUCAUAUUGUUUUAACACAAAAAUGAAUAGUAAAAUUUGCGAAGACAAAAAAAAUAAUAGCAUGUCAAAAAAAAAAUUUAAUCUAUUAAUUACUAAUUUUGCUGAAAGUAAAAAAUGUCUACUAAAAAGUAAAAACGUUUCGGAAUUGUUGAAUAUAUCUAGAAAAACAUAUCCCAAUAAAACAAUUCGUAAAGAAAAUAAUAUUAUUUUUUCAAAAACAGAAAUUAAUAACCAGUCAAAAUAUAUAUUAAAUAAAUGCGAAAAAAUGAAUAAAAAUAAUAUUAACAAAAAUAUAAUUAUUAAAAAAGAUUUUUAUGUGAAAAAUCAAAAAAACAACAGUUUAAAGAGAAAAUAUGAAUGUUUAUCUUCAUCAUCUUUAACUGAGUCAAAUAAAAAACUUAUUAAUAUAUAUGAAAUAAAAAUAAAUGAAAAAAACGUGCAAGAAUACAAACAAAUUGAAAGUCAAGAAUGCUUGUUAUAUGAAUUAAUUAAUAAAGGUAAUAAUAGAACUAAAAUUCAAAAUUUCUUAAAUAUAUCUAAUAAAAGUGAAGAAACAAAAAAAAUUAAAAAUAAACAAAACAAAUAUUUAAAAAGUAAUAAAAUUAAAAAAGAUGAAAAGAUAUUAUUAAAAAAGUAUGAAAAAAAAAAUGAAGUUAACAAAGGUGAUCUAUUAGAGGUGAAUAGUAAUUCUGAUAAAAACAGAAAAAAUGAAAAUAACGAUAUUAAUGUUAAGAGAAAAAACACAAAAUUUAUAUCACCUAUAAAUAAAUCUAGUAAUGAAUUAAUUAGUUUAAAUAAAACACAAGUAAAUAAAAAGAACACGCAAAAAUUUAAAAAAAUUAGAAAUCAAGAAAGUUUACUAUAUGAAUUAAUAAAUAAGGAUAAUAAUAGAACUAAAAUUAAAAAUUUCUUAAAUAUAUCUAAUAAAAGUGAAGAAACAAAAAAAAUUAUAGAUAAACAUGACAAAUAUUUAAGAAUUAAUAAAAUUAAGCAAGAUGAAAAAAAAAUACUGAGAAACUGUAUAAAAGAAAAUGAAAUUAAAAAAAAUGAUACAUUUGAAGGGGAUAAUAAUUUUUGUAAAAAUAAAAAAAAUGAAAAAAUUAAUAGUACAAACAGAAAAUGUUCAAAAUUUAUACCAUCAACAGUAUAUAAUUCUAGUAACGAAUUAAUCAAUAUAAAUAAUGCACAAUUAAAUAAAAAAAAUAUAGAAAACUUCAAGAAAAGUGAAUGUCAAGAGCAUUUACUUUAUGAAUUAAUCAAUAAAGAUGAUAAUAGAAAUAAAAUUAAAAAAUAUUUAGAGUUUUCAGAUAAAAGUACAAGCACAGAAGAAAUUAACAAUAAGAAAGAUAAAUAUUUAAAAAAUAGCAAAGUAAAAACAAAUAAAAAGGAAUUACUAAAAAACAGUGAAAAAAAAAAUGAAAUUAAUAAAGGCAAUCUAUCAAAGGUAGACAGUAAUUAUGAUAAAAACAGAAAAAAUGAAAAUAACGAUAUUAAUGUUAAGAGAAAAAACACAAAAUUUAUAUCAUCACAUAUAAAUAAAUAUAGUAAUGAAUUAAUUAAUUUAAAUAAAACACAAGUAAAUAAAGAGAACACGCAAAAAUUUAAAAAAAUUAGAAAUCAAGAAAGUUUACUAUAUGAAUUAAUAAAUAAGGAUAAUAAUAGAACUAAAAUUAAAAAUUUCUUAAAUAUAUCUAAUAAAAGUGAAGAAACAAAAAAAAUUAUAGAUAAACAAGACAAAUAUUUAAGAAUUAAUAAAAUUAAGCAAGAUGAAAAAAAAAUAUUGAGAAACUGUAUAAAAGAAAAUAAAAUUAAAAAAAAUGAUAUAUUUGAAGGGGAUAAUAAUUUUUGUAAAAUUAAAAAAAAUGAAAAUAUUAAUAGUACAAACAGAAAAUGUUCAAGAUUUAUACAAUCAACAGUAUAUAAUUCUAGUAACGAAUUAAUCAAUAUAAAUAAUGCACAAUUAAAUGAAAAUAAUCCGCAAAACUUCAAAAAAAGUAAAUGUCAAGAGCAUUUACUUUAUGAAUUAAUCAAUAAAGAUGAUAAUAGAAAUAAAAUUAAAAAAUUUUUAGAGUUUUCAGAUAAAAAUACAAGAAUAGAAGAAAAUAAGAAUAAGAAAGAUAAAUAUUUUAAAAGUAGCAAAGUAAAAAUAGAUAAAAAGAAGUUAUUAAAAACAAAAAAAAUAAAAAAUGAAAUUAAAAAAGGUAAUACAAUCAAAAAGAUCAAUAAUAUUUAUAAGGAAAGAAAAAAUAAAAUUAUAAAUAGGAUUAAGGGAGAACAUUCAAGCUUUAGAUUACUUCCAAUAAAUAAUUAUAGUAAUGAAAUAUCAAAUAUAAAUAAAAUACAUAUUAUUGAAAAAAACACGCAACAAAACAAAAAGGGUAGAAAUCAAGAAAGUUUACUAUAUGAAUUAAUAAACAAGGGUAAUAAUAAAGCUAAAAUUAAGAAUUUUUUGUAUAUGUCUGCUAAAAGUGAAAACUCAGUGAGAAUUAAAAGUAAUGAAAAAAGCUAUAUAAGAAGUAAAAAAAUAAAAACAGAUGAAAAAAUAACAAUAAAAAAAUACGAAAAAAAGAAUGAAAUUAAUAAAGUUAGCAUAUUUAAAAAGGAUAAUAAUCAUAACAAAAAUAGAAAAAAUGAAACGAAUAGUAACAUAAACAGAGGAUGUCCAGGAUUUAUAUCAUCUCCUAUAAACAAUAAUAGUAAAAAUUUAAUUAAUAUAAAUAAAUUGCAAAUAAAUAAAAGUAAUGUACAAAAAUUAAAAAAAAUUAAAAGUCAAGAAAGUUUGACGCAUAAAUUAACCAAUAAAAGUGAUAACAGAACUAACAUUGAAAAAUGUUUGAUAAAAUCUAGUAAAAGUGAAAAUAAGGACAAACCAUUUGGAAAAAUAAAAAUAUAUUUAAAGGAAUAUGAGGUAGAAAAUAAACUCAAAGAUAUAUUGUAUAAAGAUAAGAAAUGUGUUAAUAAUAAUAAAAAUUUUAGUUCCUUUAAAAAAACAUUUAUGAAUCAAUUUGAAUCAUCGAUACAUAAUUCAAAUAAAAAAUUCCAAUAUACAAACAAAAUAUUAUCGAAAAAAAAAAAUAACAAUGAAUAUAAAAAGAAAAAAAAUCAAGAAAAUUCAUUACGUGAAUUAGUUAAAAAAGAUAGCAGUAAAACUGAAAUUCAGAAAUUUCUGGUAAAAGAUAGUAAUAAUAAAAGUAAAGAUAAAACGAAAGCUACAGAAAAUUCUUAUUUUCAAAAGGACAUUAAAAAAUAUAAAAAUUUGCAAGUAAAAAAAGUAGAAAACAAAAAGGUAAAAACUAACAGUAAUGAAAAUUUUACAAAUAAAAUUCAUACUCCAAAUAUUGGAAAUAUCAAGGAAAAAGCUAACAAAGAAGAUCAAUCAAAAUUUUAUGAAAUAGAAGAAAAAAAAAUACCUAUUUCAAAUAAUUCUUUAAAUUUAAUUUUAAAAAACAAUAAAAAAGAUAGAACUUAUUUGAAAAAAUUUACUAGCUCUGGAAUAUUAAUUAAUAAAUAUAUAAAUAAUAAAAGUCAAAAUGUAAAGAGAAUAGAUAAUUAUUACUCUACUAAAAUAGAUAAGGAUAGUAUUAAUGAAUCAAAAGAUUCAAUAGCUUCUACAAUUUAUUUCUCAAGUAAACAAAAUAAAAAUAGUUAUUAUAAUUCAAGUUUUUCUAAAAGUACCAUUUACUUCUACGAUAUAAAAAAUAAUAGCAUAUUAAUUAGCGGAUCAGACAUAUUAGGAACAAAAAUGCUAAAUUGCACUAAAAAUACAAUGAAUGAGAUAAACUCGAAAAUUUUAUUUGAACAAAAAAAUAUUAUAAAUAAUUUUGAAGAAAUGAAGGAAACAAUUAAAAAAGAAAUAAAAAUUUUUGAAAAUAAAAGAAUAAAAAGAGAACAAACUGAAUUUAAACUAAAAAAAAACAUCGAUAAAUUAAGAAAAAAAAGAAUUCUUCGAAAUAUAAAGAAUAAGAUAAAGCUAAAAAUAUUGAAAUUACAAAGUGAAAUAAUAAGAAGUAAAAUUGAUGGAAAAAUAACCCUGACAAAUAAUAUAAUGAAUUCAGAAAAAAACCAUAAGAAAAACCUUAAAAUGAAGAAUGAAAGUGGCAUUUCUGAAUCUUUGAUAAAAGAAUCAUAUUCAAAUGCCCAAGAAAUAACUAAUAAUAAAAAAUAUUCAAAAACCAUUAAGACAAUUUCAAAAAUAAAAAAACAUGCUAUAUUCACAUCUCAAUGUGGAAAAAAAUAUCCUAUUUGCUUAAAAUUUAGAGAAAAAAAUAAAAUACAUAAUUUAAAUAAAAUAGUAAAAAUAAAAAAAAAUAUUAUAAGUAAAGACACUAUUAAAAAAUAUUUGAUCCAUUAUAUAGUAAGAGAAAAUGUAAAUAGAGGAAUAUGUGAAGUAUAUUCAAAUGAAAUGAAUAAAGAUAUUCAUAAGGAAUUUUUAAAAAAAAGUUUCAUCUUUAUAUCAAAAGAAAUUCUAAAUGCAAAUAUAAUAAGAGAAUAUUUGUAUGAGAAAUUAAGUGUAGGAAAUUUAAGAAAAAUAGAAAAAAAUGAAACAACGAUGAAAAGAUAUUUCGUAAUAGAAAAUUUAGGGAAUUUAAAACAAGAAAGGUUAGGUGAGAUAACGGAAAAAAAAAUGGUAAAAUUUAGUUAUUUAACAAUAGGAAACUUAAAAGUAAUAAAAAAAGAAUUAAUGAUCAUAAAAGAUUUAAAAAAAGAUAUAUGGAAAGAAAAAAAAAGGUGUAUAAUGAUUACUAGAUAUUUAAAAGAAGAAUUUAUUGUAUUAGGUAGAGGCAAAAAAUUUAUUUUGUCUACAUAUUUAGAAAUAGAAAUAAUUAUAAUAAAAAAUGUAAAAAAAGAAAAAUCGAAAGAGAUUAAAAAAGAAUUAAAGAAUAAAGAUUUAAAAAAGAAAAUUGUGAUAGCAAAAAUUGUAAAAAAAGAAAAAAUUAUGAAAAAUUUUCAAAAAAUAAUAAUAAUAAUUGAAUAUUUGAAAAAAGGAUGUGUUAGCAUAAAAAGAAUGAUAAUAGUUAUAAAAUGUUUAAUAAUAAAAGAGUUAAAUAAAAUGAAAAAAAAAAAAUUAAGCAAUGUAAUAAAAGAGAUAAUACUAAUUAUAAAUUAUUUCAAAAAAGAAAAUUUUAAGAAAGAAAAAAAAUGUAUUUUAAAUGCAAUGAGAAAUGAAAAAAUAAUUAAAAAGUAUCUAAAAAAAGAUACUUCAAAAGAAAUGAAAAAGGAAUUAAUAUUAGUAAACAUUUUAAAAAAAAGAAGUUCAUACAUGGAAAUAAAAAAGAAUAUACUAAUGGUAAAAUAUUUAAAAAGUGAAAAUUUAGAAUAUAAAAAAAAAAUAAUGAUAAUGGAAAGUCUAAUAAAUAAAACUUUGAAAAAAGAAAAACAAGAAAUAAUUAUAUUAAAAAAUUUAAAAGAAAAUCUGAAAAAUUGUUUCAAGAAAAACUUAAGUGAUGAAAUGAAAAAAGAAAGUAUUCUAAUAAUAUAUUUUAUAAAUAAAAAAUUUAAAGAAUUCACAGAAAAAACAACAAUGAUAGAAAGCUUAAAAAGGGUAAAUUUAAAAAAGUUUAAGAAAGAAAUUUUAAUGAUAAAAAAUUCUAAAAUGAAAAAUAUGAAAAACUUAAAAAAUGAAUCAUUAAAUAAAGGAAAGAUUAAUGAAAUAAGGAUAAUAGAAGAUUCAAAAAAACUAUACUUGAAAAAAGAAUUAUUAAACUAUGAAAGAAAAAAACAAAUUUUUAUGAUAGAAGAUCUAAAAAAGGAAGACCUAGAAGUAACAAAGAAAGAAGACUUUAAUGAAAUUAAAAAAGAAAUUAUAGUAAUAGAAUACUUAAUAAAAGAGCAUUUCAAAGAAAUGAAAAAAGAAAAAACAAUGAAAAAAUAUUCAAAAGUAAAAAAUUUAAAAGAUGUUAAAGAAGAAAUUUUUAUGAUAGAAGAUCUAAAAAAUAACCACUUAAAAGUAAUUAAGAAAGAAAACCUUAAUGAAAUCAAAAAAGGAAUCAUAAUAAGAGAACUCUCAAUAAAAGAGCACUUCAAAGAAAUGAAAAAAGAAUUAAUAAUUAAUAAAAAUAGAGUAGAAGAAUAUUUAAAAGAUGUUAAAAAGGAAACUUUUAUGAUAGAAGACUUAAAAGAAAACAUUAAAAAAAUAAACAAGGAAAAUACUAUAUAUCUAAUUGGAAAUGAUAUGUUUACAAUAAAAGGUUUAACAAAACAAAACUUGAAUGAAAUGAAAAAUGAAAAAACUACGAUAACAUAUUUAAAAAAAGAAAGCUUUAAAGAGUAUUUAGAAGAAAAUUUAAAAAAAAAAAUAAAGAAAGAAAUAACAAAAAAAAAAUUUUUCAAAAAAAAUUCAAAUGAAAAUAAUAGAGAAAUGAUGGUAAAAAAUGAGAAUUUUAAAGAACUAAGAAAUGAUGGUUUUAUGCUAAAAGACUUAAAAAUAAAAGUUAAAAACGUGAAAAGAGAAAUGAUGUUGACUGAAGAUUUAAAAAAAAAUCUAAAAGAAAUAAAAAUAGUAGAAUUUAGCAAAAAAUUAAAAGAAAAAAUUAAGGCGAUAGAAUAUAUAAAUGUAGAAUAUUACGGAAGAAUAAAAAAUAAAGGAUUAAACGAGAUUAUAAAAAAAAAAAUUUUCACGAAAGCAAACAUUAAGAGGAAAAAAUCAAAAGAUAUAAAAAAAGAAAAAUUAAAAAAAAAACCAGAAAAAGUUUUUAUUACUAAAAGUUUAAGAAUAAAAGAAGGAAAACAUAAAAUACAUAAGUUAAAAGAAGAAAAAGAAAAGGGAGUCAUUACGAUAAAAGACUUAAAGAAAGAAAAUUACAAAAAAAUAAAAAAUGAAGAAUUAAUUAAUGAAAUGAAAAAAGAAAUAAAAAAACAAAUAAUGACGAUAGAAGAUUUGGAAAUAGGUAACUUAAAAGAAAUAAAAAAAGAUGAGUUAAAAAAUAGAACAAAGAAAGAUAUUGUGAUGAUAGAAGAUUUGAAAAGAAAUAACUUAAAAGAAAUAAAAGAAUUAGAAGAAGAAAAAGAAAAAGAAAUUAAGAUGAUAGAAGAUUUUAAAAUAGAUAAUUUAAUAGAAAUGAAAAAAGAUGAAUUAAAGGAAAGAACAAAGAACGAAAUUAUGAUGAUAGAAGAUUUGAAUAGAGAUGACUUAAAAAAAAUGAAAAAAGAUCAGUUAAAGGAAAGAAUAAAGAAUGAAAUUAUGAUGAUAGAAGAUUUUAAAAUAGAUAACUUCAAAGAAAUGAAAAAUGAUGAGUUAAAUGAAAGAGCAAAGAAAGAAAUUAUGAUGAUAGAAGAUUUUAAAAUAGAUAACUUAGUAGAAAUGAAAAAAGAUCAGUUAAAGGAAAGAACAAAGAAUGAAAUUAUGAUGAUAGAAGAUUUGAAUAGAGAUAGCUUAAAAAAAAUAAAAAAGGAUGAGUUAAAGGAAAGAACAAAUAACGAAAUUAUGAUGAUAGAAGAUUUGAAAAGUAAUAACUUAAAAGAAAUAAAAGAAUUAGAAGAAGAAGAAGAAGAAAAAGAAAAAGAAGUUAUGAUGAUAGAAGAUUUGAAAAUAUAUAACUUAAAAAAAAUGAAAAAGGAUGAGUUAAAAGAAAUAACAAAGAAUGAAAUUAUGAUGAUAGAAGACAUAAAAAGAAAAACUUACAAACAAAAUAUAAUAAAAGAAUUAAUAGAAGAAAAGGAAAAAGAAAUUAUGAUGAUAGAAGAUUUUAAAAUAGAUAACUUAAUAGAAAUGAAAAAGGAUGAGUUAAAGGAAAGAAUAAAGAAUGAAAUUAUGAUGAUAGAAGAUGUGAAAAGAAAUAAUCUAAAAGAAAUGAAAAAGGAUGAGUUAAAAGAAAUAACAAAGAAAGAAAUUAUGAUGAUAAAAUACAUAAAAAGAAAAACUUACAAACAAAAUAAAAUAAAAGAAUUAGAAGAAGAAAAAGAAAAAGAAAUUAUGAUGAUAGAAGAUUUGAAAAGAAAUAACCUAAAAGAAAUGAAAAAAGAUGAGUUAAAGGAAAGAAUAAAGAAUGAAAUUAUGAUGAUAGAAGAUGUGAAAAGAAAUAACCUAAAAGAAAUGAAAAAGGAUGAGUUAAAAGAAAUAACAAAGAAAGAAAUUAUGAUGAUAAAAGACAUAAAAAGAAAAACUUACAAACAAAAUAAAAUGAAAAAUUUAAUAAAAGAAAAAGAAAAAGAAAUUAUGAUGAUAGAAGAUUUGAAUAGAGAUAGCUUAAAAAAAAUGAAAAAAGGUGAGUUAAACGAAAUAAUAAAGAAUGAAAUUAAGAUGAUAGAAGAUUUUAAAAUAGAUAACUUAAAAGAAAUGAAAAAAGAUGAGUUAAAGGAAAGAACAAAGAAUGAAAUUAUGAUGAUAGAAGAUUUGAAAAGAAAUAACUUAAAAGAAAUAAAAGAAUUAGAAGAAGAAAAAGAAAAAGAAGUUAUGAUGAUAGAAGACUUGAAAAGAGAUAACUUAAAAGAAAUAGAAAAAGAUGAGUUAAAUGAAAGAACAAAGAAUGAAAUUAUGAUGAUAGAAGAUUUAAAAAGAAAUAACUUAAAAGAAAUAAAAGAAUUAGAAGAAGAAAAAGAAAAAGAAGUUAUGAUGAUAAAAGAAAUUAUGAUGAUAGAAGAUUUGAAAAGAGAUAACUUAAAAAAAAUGAAAAAAGAUGAGUUAAAGGAAAGAACAAAGAAUGAAAUUAUGAUGAUAAAAAACAUAAAAAGAAAAACUUACAAACAAAAUAAAAUGAAAGAUUUAAUAGAAGAAAAAGAAAAAGAAAUUAUGAUGAUAGAAGAUGUGAAAAGAAAUAACCUAAAAGAAAUGAAAAAGGAUGAGUUAAAAGAAAUAACAAAGAAUGAAAUUAUGAUGAUAGAAGACAUAAAAAGAAAAACUUACAAACAAAAUAUAAUAAAAGAAUUAAUAGAAGAAAAGGAAAAAGAAAUUAUGAUGAUAGAAGAUUUUAAAAUAGAUAACUUAAUAGAAAUGAAAAAAGAUGAAUUAAAGGAAAGAACAAAGAACGAAAUUAUGAUGAUAGAAGAUUUGAAUAGAGAUAACUUAAAAGAAAUGAAAAAAGAUGAAUUAAAGGAAAGAACAAAGAACGAAAUUAUGAUGAUAGAAGAUUUGAAUAGAGAUGACUUAAAAGAAAUGAAAAAAGAUGAGUUAAAGGAAAGAAUAAAGAAUGAAAUUAUGAUGAUAGAAGAUUUGAAAAGAAAUAACUUAAAAGAAAUAAAAGAAUUAGAAGAAGAAAAAGAAAAAGAAAUUAAGAUGAUAGAAGAUUUUAAAAGAGAUAACUUAAAAGAAAUGGAAAAAGAUGAGUUAAAUGAAAGAACAAAGAAUGAAAUUAUGAUGAUAGAAGACAUAAAAAGAAAAACUUACAAACAAAAUAUAAUAAAAGAAUUAAUAGAAGAAAAGGAAAAAGAAAUUAUGAUGAUAGAAGAUUUUAAAAUAGAUAACUUAAUAGAAAUGAAAAAAGAUGAAUUAAAGGAAAGAACAAAGAACGAAAUUAUGAUGAUAGAAGAUUUGAAUAGAGAUAACUUAAAAGAAAUGAAAAAAGAUGAAUUAAAGGAAAGAACAAAGAACGAAAUUAUGAUGAUAGAAGAUUUGAAUAGAGAUGACUUAAAAAAAAAAGAAAUGAAAAAAGAUGAGUUAAAGGAAAGAAUAAAGAAUGAAAUUAUGAUGAUAGAAGAUUUGAAAAGAAAUAACUUAAAAGAAAUAAAAGAAUUAGAAGAAGAAAAAGAAAAAGAAAUUAAGAUGAUAGAAGAUUUUAAAAGAGAUAACUUAAAAGAAAUGGAAAAAAAUGAGUUAAAUGAAAGAACAAAGAAUGAAAUUAUGAUGAUAGAAGAUUUGAAAAGAAAUAACUUAAAAGAAAUAAAAAAAGAUAAGUUAAAAGGAAGAAUAAAAAAAGAAUUUAUGAAAGUAGAAGAUUUAAAGAAAGAAAAUUACACUGAUAUUAAAAAUAUAGAAUUAAUUGAAGAAAUAGGAAAAGAAACUAUUAUUACACAAUACUUAGAAAAUUUUAUGAUUUCUGAAAAAGAAUCCCCAAAUAAAGAAGUCAUAGGAAAAAAUUUAUGUGAAGAAUUAAAAAAAAAAUUAACAAAUAAUUUAAAAAAGGAAAUUAAUGAAAAAAAAAAUUUAUACCUAACAAAUUUGGAGUGUAUAAAAAAAGAAAAACCAAAGGAAAAAUUAAAAAAAGAAUUGCAUACAUUAGUAGAUUUAAAAGAAAAUUUAUGUGAGGUGAAAAAAAAAAUAAUUAAACUUGAAAAUUUAAAUAGAAAAAAUAUGGAAGAAACAAAAAAAAAAGAUACACAGAUAAAUAAUUCAAAAGAAGAAAAUUUUAAAGAAGAAAAAAAUGAAAAUAUAAAUAAAGAAGUAAAAAGAGAAAAUUUAAAAGAAAUUAUAAAAGAAAUAUUAAGUGGGGAAACAUUAAAAGAAAUACUAAACGAAGAAAUGAUAAAAGAAAUUUUACAUGAAAGAGUAAUAAACAAAAUUUUACAUGGAGAAAAAAAAGAAAGUAAAAACAAACAAGAAAAAAAAAAUAUAUUCAAUGAAAAAUUAGAAAGAGAAGAAAAAAUAAAAAAACUUAUGAGUAGUAAACGUGUAACAUUGAAUGAAAACUUAGCUAAGAAAAGAGCACUUUCCAAUGCAGAGAAAAACGCAAAAGAAAAUGUAAGUAAUGAUUUUUUAAUGCAUGCUUAUGAUUGCGUAUGCACAAAAAACGAAAGAAUAAAAAAAAAAAUAUAUGGUAACUUUGUUAAACUAACAGAUGAUAUAUCUAAUUUUUUUAGUAUACUUUAA